AUGUGCGUGGAAACAGACAAGCAAGCUCUUCUCAAGUUAAAAGAAGGUUUCGUUCAUCGAAUGGACCUUCAGUCUUCAUGGAAUGGUGACGAUUGUUGUAACUGGAAAGGAAUUUCAUGCAAUAAUUUAACUGGCCACGUAACCACAUUGGAUCUUGGAUUUUCAAAUUUUACAACAGUUGAAGAUUUAAACUAUCUUGUGGAUACGAUGCCAACAAUGAAAUUUUUCGGUGGUCCUACAGCGUUGGGAGGUAAGAUAGAUUCUUCAGUAUGCGAACUGCAGCAUCUCACUUUCUUAGAUCUCAGUCAUAAUUACUUGCAAGGAGAGAUCCCAGAAUGCAUUGGUUCACUUAGUCACUUGACAGAGUUGACGCUUGCAUGGAAUGGUCUUAAUUCCAUUCCUGAUGCUCUGUCCAACCUUUCCAAUUUGCAAUAUCUUGACCUUGGCAAAAAUGAUUUUGUUCCAAAUGACCUUGAUUGGCUUUUUCACCUUUCUACUUUGAGAUACCUUGAUCUUUCAUAUAACAAUCUUGGUGCAGUUAUUGAUUGGCCAUCAUCAAUAAGCAAAAUCCCUUUUCUAUCUGAACUCUAUUUAAGUAACUGUGGGCUCCCCAAAGUCAAUCCUAAGUCAAUCUUCCAUAUCAAUUCUUCCACUUUCCUCCAAACCCUCAGUCUAUCAGGAAAUAAUUUUGACUCCUCAAUUCUGUCAUGGGUGUUGAAUGUUAGCAAUGUCCUCACAGUUCUUGAUCUCUCACAUAAUGAACUUGAUGGUAGCAUAAUAAAGUCCUUUAACAUUUUGUGCCAACUUAAGGAAUUGUACCUGGGUUCCAAUAAUUUUUCUGGCCAACUCAGUGAUUACUUGCCAGAAAUUUGUUCAGCAAAACACGAUUUAGAGGUGUUGAAUCUCGACCACAACCCAUUUACUUUUGGAUCGCUCCCUAAUUUUUCACUGUUUUCAUCCUUGAAAAGGCUCUCACUUCAAAAUACCAGUAUUGUUGGGUCAUUAUCAUUUGGUCACUUGCCUCGUCUUAAAUCUUUGGAUCUCAGUUUAAACCAUUUGAAUGGAUCUUUGUCUAUAUUAGACGUCACUAAAUUUGCCUCAUUACAUUUUUUGGAUCUUUCACACAACAAUUUUAGUGGCACACUUUCAUAUACUAUUGCACAACUUUCAAAUCUCUGGUUUUUGUCCCUCUCUUCGAAUAUGUUGAAUGGGGACAUUAGUGAAGAGCAUCUAUUAAACCUAUCUGGAUUGAAAGUAUUUGAUGUGAGUCAAAAUUCACUUGCAUUUAACUUGAAUCCAGAUUGGGUUCCACCUUUCCAAUUGGUGGCAUUAUAUGCAUCAUCAUGCAUUUUGGGGCCUCAAUUUCCAAAGUGGCUUAAACAUCAAAGGAAGCUUCAGGUGCUGCAAAUCUCUAAUACCUCCAUUAUGGAUUUAUUUCCUGAAUGGUUUGGGGAUAUAUCUUCAAGUUUGUUAUACAUAAAUGUUUCUCACAAUCAACUUAGUGGAGUCUUGCCAAAAUCAUUAUCAAUGAUAAAAACAGGGCUUGUGAGUACAUGGGAUUUUAGUUUCAAUAAUUUGUCUGGUCCACUGCCUCCUUUUCCUCCAAAAGUAUAUCAACUAUUUCUCUCAAACAAUAUGCUGUCAGGGUUUGAAUCUUCCUUUUGUGAAACAUCCCCAAUGUUUGCAACUUAUCUUGACCUGUCCAGUAACUCACUCAGAGGGCCACUUCCAAAUUGUUGGCAGAAAUUUCAAAGUUUGGAAGUUCUGAAUUUGGCAAACAAUAGUUUAUCAGGGAGAGUACCAAAGUCAUUUGCCAAUUUACAAAAUAUUGUGUCGAUGCAUCUAAAUAACAACAACUUCUCUGGUGAAAUUCCAUCUCUGACACUCUGUAAAAGAAGCUUAAGAAUCAUUGAUUUGGGGGAUAAUAUUCUUGAAGGAACAUUACAAACAUGGUUAGACUUUGAUAAUUUGAUUGUGUUGCGUCUACGAGGUCAAAUAAGUGCUAUGUCAGAAGGGAGAUUUUAUAGAGAAGGCAUUCAGUAUGGAACGUCCGCACCUUUAAUAUUUCAUGAUAGUGGAAUUGGCUUUUUUAUUGAUGAAAUAACAUUGACAUGGAAAGGACGAAAAUACACAUUUGGGAAAAAUCUUGCACUUCUAAAAACCAUUGAUAUUUCAAAUAACAACUUAACAGGGGAGAUACCGAAAAAUAUAACAUCACUAAUGGGUUUAGGCAGCUUAAAUCUUUCAAAAAAUAAUCUCACAGGAUUCAUUCCCGACAACAUUGGUCAUAUGACGAGCUUGGAAUCACUUGACUUGUCAAGAAACCAUCUUUGUGGAAGAAUUCCAACAAGCUUUGUAAAUUUGAGUUUUCUUGGUAUAAUAGACUUGACUUUCAACAACUUAUCAGGAAAAAUUCCAGAUGGCACGCUACUACGCACCUUUGAUUCCUCUUCAUUUGCUGGGAACAUUGGGCUUUGUGGCCCACCACUGACAAACGAAUGCCCAAGAGAUGUGAUUCCGCCAUAUGAACAUCAUGGUCAUGGGGAUGAACACAGAAGCUUUGAGUUUUAUAUCAGCCUCGGGUUGGGAUUUUGGAAUGAAAAGAAGAUUCCAAAUUCAAGAUCUGAAGUGUUUGGUAGGCAAAGCAAUGGUGAGACAGUGAUAUGCUGCAAUGUUUUGGUUGAUUUGAAGGCAGAUAUCAGUACCAUUAGUCUUGUGAUCGUGCAACCCUCAUGA